AUGGGCACAUCAUCAUCCAACAACAACAGCAGCAUCACCACAUCGUCCUCAGAUCAGCAGCAUCCUACCACUCCAUCACCACCAUCACCAUCCAACUACAACAACACAACAUCGUCAUCAGACCAGCAGCAUCCUACCACUCCAUCACCACCCUCACCAUCCAACAACAACAACACCAACACUACCACAUCGCUCUCCGACCAGCAGCAUCCUACCACUCCACCAACACCAUCACCAUCCAACAACAACAGCAGCAUCACCACAUCGUCCUCAGACCAGCAGCAUCCUACCACUCCACCAACACUAUUAUCAUCCAACUACAACAACAUCGUCCUCAGACCAGCAGCAUCCUACCACUCCACCAACACUAUUAUCAUCCAACUACAACAACAUCGUCCUCAGACCAGCAGCAUCCUACCACUCCACCAACACCAACACCAUCCAACAACAAACAACAGCACACCACAACGACUACUUAAAGAUACCCUGAAUGAAUUUUGA